AAUGCGGCGUUGUGCCUUGCGAAGUAUGUCCCCUCUGUGGCCGCAGAUUCAAGCACAGGACUCGUUAUGAGUAACGUAUGGGGUAUGUCACGCGACUUGAAAGACACCUCAACUGAUGAUGACUCUCUAAAAGCGAAAAGCUUCGACGACACUACAUUUCGUGUGAUUUUGGUAAACGCGGACGACGACCUGAGCAAACGACAACUGUUUACGUGCGAUUUAUGUGGCAAGAGUUACACGUGGAUGUGCAGUUUACGUCGCCAUCAGCUCCAAUGCGGUAAUAAGGAAGCAAGGAACAAGUGCAUGUUCUGCUCGAAGAAAUUCUACAGACGGGACAGAUAUAAGGAGCACUUGCUCGCGCAUCAUUCGAAUUCGUCUUUUGAGUGUGAAACUUGGAUUACAAAAAUAUUCAAUGAAAGGAAGUGAAAUUGAAGCGACCGGAAACGCUUAACGCUUCGUGGACGCGUGAGAACAAAUGCAGAACAUGAAUGUACACUUUCUUAGUCAUAUGCUAAUUGUUAUAUGCAUGUAAGUAAUUGUAAUAUACAGAGAGAGAGAGAGAGAGAGAGAGAGAGAGAGAGAGAGA